CUCAUCCCUCAUGUUCACAUUAUUCACCUCACAUUUUGGAGGCAGUAACCAGCUCUCUUUAGCAGCGACCAACAGAUUUCUCGGAACAACCAGCACAGGCACACAGGUAGAAGGCAAGCCAAUAGCUGCCUAGAGACUUGUUAAUAAGACUGAGUCUCUUCCAUUCUGAUAUACCAAUCCCCCCUCCAUACUAUUGGCUAUUGGUGAGCCCAAAGGCAAAUGAUUUAGAUCAACAGCAGUGAGAAAAGCAGAGAGCAAUUUCCCCCCCGAGUAGGAUGCUUUUCUACUUCUGCAACAUGAACUCCAGGAACCUGUGGGAGUACAAAGUCUUCUUCUUGUUGGCUUUGCCAUCUCUGAUUUCUGGACAAUCUCACUCAGAAUGUGAUUCCAUAACUGAGUGGAAGAAAAAUGAGAGUGAUUGCCUAAGGGAGAUCCAUCAGCAGAAGAAUGAAACAGCAGGUUGUCAGAAAUUUUGGGACCGUCUCCUAUGCUGGCCAGAGACAAAUCCUGGACAAACGCUCACCUUUGCCUGCCCAGGAAUUCUCCUUCACUUCACAAAGCAGCCAGGGUCAGUAAAAAGAACCUGCACAGCACAAGGUUGGUCUGAACCUUUCCCACCAUACUCUGUUGCAUGUCCAAUGGAAGAUGAAGAUACGCUUGAUGAACUGUCCUACCUAUCAACAGUCAAAACCAUCUACACUGUGGGUUACAGCAUCUCUAUCACAUCUCUUGUUAUGGCUAUCACAGUCCUCAUUGCAUUCAGGAGACUCCAUUGCCCCAGAAAUUAUAUCCACAUCCACCUCUUUCUCACCUUCAUCCUGAAAGCUGUCGCUGUCUUCAUCAAGGAUGCAGUUCUUUUCCAAGCAGAAAACACUGACCAUUGCAGCUUUUCCACGACGGAGUGCAAGAUCUCUGUGGUUUUCUGUCAUUACUUCACAAUGACCAAUUUCAUGUGGCUCCUGGUGGAAGCGCUCUACCUCAAUUGCCUGCUUCUCACAUUCUUUCCCCAUGGAAGGAGAUAUUUCUGGUGGCUUGUUCUGUUUGGUUGGGGUGUACCAACAUUUUUUAUCAUACUGUGGAUAUUAGUCAAGGGUCAUCUUGAAGACAAUAUGUGUUGGGAUUUCAACCAAGAUUCUCCUUUCUGGUGGCUAAUCAAAGGACCCAUCAUCCUUUCUGUCGGAGUCAGCUUCGUUCUGUUUCUCAACAUCAUCCGAAUCCUGCUUAAAAAAUUGGACCUAAGACAGAUCAAUUUCAACAACUCUUCUCAAUACAGGCGCCUCUCCAAGUCAACUCUGCUCCUCAUCCCUUUGUUUGGAACGCACUAUAUCUUCUUCAACUUUCUUCCUGAACAUGCUAAUGUGGGGCUACGACUCUACUUGGAGCUCUGUAUUGGAUCAUUCCAGGGCUUCAUUGUUGCCAUCCUAUACUGUUUCCUAAAUCAAGAGGUUCAAGCUGAAAUUUGUCGGAAAUGGCGAGGCAACAGUUAUGGAUUUAUGACUCUUUGGAGGAAGAGGACAAGAUGGACGAUGCCAUCAAGUUCUGGGAUCAAGAUGACAGCUUCUGUGUGCUAACCCGUAAGGAAAAAGAAAUGGUGAAUGGGCAUGUCCAGAUUCAUCUUUGAGUUUAGGACAGUCUGGCACAACCAUCUUCAACUUCUAAAGGCUCAACAUUCAUAGGACGGAUGUUUCCCAAAUGCCCUUCAUCUGAAUUUGCUCAGAGUUUUUCAGCAUAGAAUUAGCAGACUUUUUUUUUGGUACAGAGCUGUUCCUUAUGGAUUUUUUAAAAAAUUGCUCUUGUAAAAAGAAAAAUCAAAAUGUUGUAUGGCACUUAUUUGCUGCUCCUUUCAGUUCUUUCAUGCUUUAUGGGGGAAGGAAAUGCAACUCACUGGAAGGGCACCUUGCUUUUUGUGAAGGUGGCUACUAUGUUCAAACCCUGGACUUUCCUGCUUGGAAGAGCAAGUGCUUUUGUUUGUUGCUCUGUGCCUUCAAGUUGUUUCUGACUUAUGGCAACCCUAAGGCUGCCAUAAACCCUAUCAUGGGGUUUUCUUGGCAAGAUUUGGCAAGUCAUACUCCAACACUCAAAUCAUUACAUCACACUGGCUUUUAACCCCGAGCCUAGGAAUAUCAAAUUUUUACAAUGGCAAUAGUUCAAGAAAGUGGGGAGAAAAAUUUCCAGGGGGCUAUGUGUGACAGAAAGGUUAUUUGUCACACCGUCUUGGCUACUGGCAAUCUGGUGAACUGUCUUGGAAGCCACUCUCUACAAGGGUUUAUUGUAGAGCCCAAAGCCGAAGCCAAAGGGUUCUCGACAAUGGCUCUUCUUCAUCCUGGAGAGAAGUGACCAGUGGGGUGCCACAGGGUUCAGUCCUGGGCCCAGUGCUAUUCAACAGCUUUACCAAUGACUUGUAUGAAAGAAUAGGGGGUAUGCUUAUGCAGAUUUGCGGAUGACACCAAAUUAGGAGGAGUAGCUAAUACCCCAGAGGACAGGAUCAAAAUUCAAGAUGACCUGAAUAGAUUAGAAAGCUGGGCCAAAACUAACAAAAUGAAAUUCAAAACGGAGAAAUGUAAGGUACUACACUUACGGAGGAAAAAUGAAAUGCAUAGAUACAGGAGGGGGACAGCUGGGUUAACAAGAUUACAUAUGAAAGGGAUCUAGGAGUACCCAACUUGUUUUAAACCGCUUAGAGAGUGCUGAGUUCACUGAUAAGUGGUAUAGAAAUGUAAAUGCUGUUGCUAUUGCUAGGAGUCCUAGUAGACCACAAAUUGAAUUUGAGUCAACAAAUUGUUGUAUUCCAUAGCAUGGAGCCAUGGCAGUUAAAGGGGUGUCAAACUGCAUUAUUUUUGCAGUGCAGAUUAGACUUGUGCUAAUGCUUUUUGAGACUGUGCCUCCCAUUUUACAAUACAUCCAAUUGUUGAAUAAACCCUCAGCCCUCCUCGACCUCAGCUUUUGUUUCCAUGUCACAAAAUGUGGAAUAACAAGCCAUAAUCUUCAAGCAGGUACUAUGCCACUGAAUGGACUCCAUGUUAGAGUUGUUAUGGAAACACUAUUCCUUCCAACCCCCUCCAGAAGAUUCCUUACAUUUCUUCAGACAGGGAUAUGAUCAUUAAUUUUAAUUAUUUGGAGGGCAUUUGGGGUUAAUAGGCACUAGAAAGGGGUUGAGGAUUUUCGUCUGGUGUCACCAAAGGAAAGGGAGUGCAUAUCUAAUGGGUGGAAAGCAUUAACUUCAUCCCAUCCAUGUAAAUGUAUCAGGAGGAGAGAGUUCCUCCAUGUUGUCUGGGGCCUUAUAUAAUGUCAGCAAAGGAAGAACAUGAAUUAAUUUGGAUUAAAACCCAGAGGCAAUUAAUUGAGUUUUUAAGCCCUGACAAAAGCAAUGAUGCCACUUCAGCAGGAUUCCUUUCCCGCCAAGAGGCACCAGGACUGAAAACCUGACACUGCCAUAAAAGUUGUGAAGAAAACAAUCUGCAUUUGGAAAUGGGUCUCGGGGGGCUUUGGAGAGUGUGUCAGCUUUAAAAUGCAGCACAAUUUGAUUUGUAUAUUUGGAUGAGAAGAAAGAACAUCAUGCCUCCAGUUGCUAAUAACUGACAGUUUUGUUUCUGCUUGACUGAAAAUGUUUGCUGCAUAUCGGAAAUGGAGUGGACUGGUUUGGCUGCAUUUCACUUUAGCCAAGAUCCGAUAGACGCUAAUAGUGUGUCACUUACACAGGCCAAAUGUACGCAAGGUUACUCAUGAAUAUGGUAAAAUGGGUUGAGGAUUUCAGGUCAGUGAACUCCUGGAGUGUUACCCAGGAGUCUUCUGCAAUGCCGAAAUAAUCCAGUUUGAUACCGCUUUAAUUGCCAUGGCUCAAUGCAAUGGAAUUCUGGGACUUGUAGUUUUAAUUAAUUCUGGACUGCAAAAUUAAUGCAGUUUGGCACUGAUUUAACUGCCGUGGCUCAAUGCUCAGUGCUAAGGAAUUCUAAGAUUUGUAGUUUUGUAGCUAUAGCAUUUGUAAUUCUGGAAGAUAUUUACCCUUCUCUGUCAAAGAGCUUUGGUGCCACAACAAACUUCAAAUCCCAGGAUUUCAUAGGCUGCAGUUAUGACAGUUAAAGCAUUGUCAAAGUGGAUUAUUUCUGCAGUGCAGCCUGAGCCAGCUUUAUUCUAAAAAUGUAACAUCCAAGAACGAAGCUUUACUUUUAAAUAAAUUUGAUAUGACUUGUACUUCAUUGUUUGAAACUGUUUUAACAUUUGCUUGUAAAAUUGCUUACAAUUCUCUUGUAAGACUUACUAUUGUAUCAUGUUAUAAUUGUACUCUGCAUUCAAUACUGCUAUGAGGUAGAUUCAGUCCCAUUAAUGGAGGGGGAGGAGAGCUAUAAAUGCAAUAGAUAAUUGAAUAAAGCAUUAGCAAUUUAAAUUUUAAAUGUGAAAAGCCCUCAUCCAGACUUAAAUAAAAAAUAAAUGUCUGACUUGACAUUUUAAAAAUCA